AGGCUGAAAAGAGAGUUUUAGUGAUCGUUGCAGAGAUGAAAGUGUUUGUGGCUGUUUUGGCUCUUGUGAGCGCCGUUUUGGCUGCCCCCACCACUGAUGUGAGCAGUCCUCGUUUGGCCUUUGUGAAUGAGAGAAUCACAAAUGGCCAGGAUGCUGCUUUUGGCGAGUUCCCCUACAUCUGCUCUAUGCAGUGGGUUUUGAUUGGUACUUCCAGUCACAUCUGUGGUAGCUCCAUCAUCAAUAACAACUGGAUCCUUACUGCUGCUCAUUGCUUCACUGAGAUCCCCAAUCUUGGCAGCAUCUGGGCUGCUUGCGGUCUUACAGAUCUUACCAUCACAACUACUCAGCAACGCCACAUGAUUGACGAGCGCGUCAUUCAUCCACUCUACCCAGGAGGUGUUGCUCCCAAUGACAUUGCUGUUGGUCGCCUGGCUGCAUCUCUUGUCUUCAAUGCCAACGUUCAACCUAUCAAUUUGCCCACCCAGGGUCUAGCUCCGACUAUUGGUACUGCCGUUCUUGCCGGAUGGGGCUCAACCUCCACCACCGCUAUUCCUAGCAUGCCAAAUCGUCUCCAGCGUGCCAAUAAGCCCGUUGUCACGGACCAACAGUGCUGCGAUCUCAUGAAUUCCGUCAUUGCUGGAGCCUGCAACAAUCUCGCCUCAAGCAAUGUUUGUGCCGGUGGUGGCCCAAUCAGUGCCUGCAGCGGUGACUCCGGUGGUCCUCUGUCUCAGCAGGUGGGUGGCACCUGGACGCACAUUGGAAUUGUGAGCUGGGGAGUCACUCCAUGUGGCACCACAGUCGCUCCUUCCGUCUACGUCCAGACCUCUGCCUUCAGGAACUGGAUCGACUCCAGUAUCAACUAAGCGAUCACAAACUCUUAAACGUCUUAAAGUAAUAAAGGCAUUUGAUGACGGAAAAAAAA